UGGGGUCGAGGAAGCCGGGAGGCCGGAGUUUAGGUCGGGGAGCGAUGGAGCGCUGAGCCGUUAACGUCUGCCAGGCUGCCUGCCUCUGUCCCUGUCACUGCUGCCACCUCCUCGUUUGACGCCUUCCUGGUCACGCUUGAUUUUGGAAGAACUACUUGGUAACAAGCAUGACUGAGUUCUGGCUUAUCUCGGCCCCUGGCGAGAAGACAUGUCAGCAAACGUGGGAGAAAUUGCACGCUGCAACCACCAAGAACAACAAUCUGGCUGUUACUUCAAAGUUCAACAUUCCAGACUUAAAGGUGGGCACACUAGAUGUCUUGGUUGGCUUAUCAGACGAACUGGCUAAACUGGAUGCGUUUGUAGAAGGGGCGGUUAAGAAAGUGGCCCAGUACAUGGCUGAUGUCCUGGAGGACAGCAAGGACAAAGUCCAGGAGAAUCUGUUGGCCAAUGGAGUUGACUUGGUUACAUACAUAACAAGAUUCCAGUGGGACAUGGCCAAAUACCCAAUCAAGCAGUCCCUGAAAAAUAUAUCUGAAAUAAUUGCCAAGGGAGUAACUCAGAUCGACAAUGACCUGAAAUCCCGAGCAUCUGCAUAUAAUAACCUGAAAGGGAACCUUCAGAAUUUGGAGCGAAAGAAUGCGGGCAGUUUGCUAACCAGAAGUCUGGCAGAAAUCGUGAAGAAAGAUGACUUUGUUCUGGACUCCGAGUACCUGAUCACUCUGCUGGUGGUCGUUCCAAAGUUGAACCACAAUGACUGGAUCAAGCAGUAUGAAACACUGGCUGAAAUGGUCGUCCCAAGGUCGAGCAAGUGAGUAGUAAUCCCUGUAA